AUGGUUAUUUUAUUGAUCUUAAUUACUAUUAUCACAGCUGCCUUCAUCCAUCAGAAGAUUCGGCAGAGGAAGCUUCCCAAAGGUCCGUCGCCUCUUCCCAUCAUUGGCAAUAUCCACCAGCUCGUCUAUUACUCCAUAAAGAAUGGAGGUGUCGUCGAAGCGUUCCGAGAAUUCGAGAAGCAAUAUGGCAAGGUGUUCACCACUUGGAUCGGACCACUUCCAACAGUCAACAUUGCCGAUUUUGCUCUGGCUCAAGAGACUCAUGUCAAGAAUGGAAAUGCCUAUGCAGAUCGAUUUUCGCAAGGAAUCACCGCAUACCUUCGAGAGGGUCGUGGAAUUAUUGGGUCGAGUGGAGUGUUUUGGCAGGAGCAUCGUCGAUUCGCCCUUCACACCCUUCGCAAUUUCGGUUUAGGUCGAAACAUCAUGGAGGAGAGGAUCCUCGAAGAGCUCGACACCGACGCCUCAAUAUUCUUCGAUCUCGUCGUCGGAAGCAUUAUCAAUAAGAUUCUGGUCUCGCAGAGAUUCGAGAAGGACGAUCAGAAUUUUGCCAAACUGAAACGCAAUCUGGAAAUCUCGUUGGAGACGGCAACGCCGUUCGAAAUGUUCGCGCCCACAUGGCUGCUGAAAACGUGGAUGUUCAAAUGGCGUCACGCCAAAACUUUUAAGCCGAUUGACGACAUUCACGAUUUUGUUAAAGACUGCAUCGGGAAGCGACUCAAAGAAAUUGAAAACGGGACCUAUGAGGUGACGGAGGAAGCGAAUGAUUUCCUAGGCGCUUUCCUCUACAAAAUCGAGUGCGAUAAAAAUAAUAAUGUGGAGAAGUCGAACUUUACUUUGGAAACCCUAGCCAUUGACAUGUUGGAUUUAUGGCUGGCUGGUCAGGAGACAACAUCGACCACCUUGACAUGGGGAUUCUUAUGCCUUCUGAAGAAUCCCGAGGUAGUUGAGAAGAUCCGAGCUGAGUUGAACAAGACAACGUCAAAUGGAUCGCGAAAUCUGUCGCUUUCCGAUAAGCCCAAUACACCAUAUUUGGUGGCCACCAUCAAUGAGAUUCAGCGAAUCACCUCAAUUUUGAACAUCAAUCUUCUACGCGUUGUCAAUGAGGACACGUUCAUUGAAGAUCAGCCGAUCGCCGCCGGCACUGCUGUGUCCGUUCAAUUGAGUCUUCUUCACACCGAUGAGCGUCUAUUCAAGAAUCAUAAGGAAUUCAAUCCCGAUCGAUUCAUUGAGAAUGAGGGACUUGAGAAGAAGCUUAUCCCAUUCGGCAUCGGAAAACGCGUGUGCCUUGGCGAGGCCUUGGCAAGAGCCGAACUAUAUUUGAUCAUCGGCAAUCUCAUCCUUCGUUAUAAUCUCGAGAAAAUCGGCCAACCACCACCGCUAGUCACCAUUAAUCCAGUCGGAAUUCUGAAGAGACCACCGUCGUACCGCAUGCGACUCAUUCCAAUUCGUUGA